CAUGCGUACUCGGAGUACUAUGUGUACAUUGACUUGUGGCUGCUACCUUGUUAUGUCCCAACAUUGUGCAUGGAUAAUUGGUAAAUACAGGAGGUGAGAAUUUGUCUUCACAUUUAGAAAUUACAAGACCCAAAAUGAACGACAGAGUUUGAAACCCACCCAGUGUUGAAAUUAGGAGCAUCUUCCAAUAUGGACGUUCACGUGUGGCUUGUGUGGUUAUUUUCUGUGGUGUAUUUGUGGGAUUUUUGUUAUUCACAGAGGCCGCUUCCGGUGACUUUUCAUGUUUUGUUUCCUAAACACCAAUUCUGGAGUUCAAAUAUAAAUAGAACUCUGAAGGCCACUUUAUUUAGUCCGUCCGCAGCCAGGAAACGUUUUGGAGAAUAUAGAAAUGUGUACAGAGUUUUCAGGCCUGACAUCAAGUUAACGUGGUUAGAAAGAGAUUCGCCUAAUGAAAUAUUAGAGGCUUUUUGUGACCAAAGUACCCCUUCCAAUGCUAUAACAGUUUUCCAUGUAAAUAAUCCGUAUGUGUUCCCACAGAGAGCUGCUGCUAACAGAUACAUUAGACAAUUAGUUCAAGUUUUAGGAUUACCCAUGAUUUCAUGGGAUACAGAUUUUGCCGGUGCUUUGGAGCCUCAACAUGAUUCCCGUAUUUUACAAAUAGCACCGUCGUUAUACCAUCAAAGCCAUGUGAUGUUAGGUUUACUUAAGCGAUAUAACUGGACAGAUUUCUCAAUAAUUACAACCACAGAUCCGGGUUACGAGGAGUUCGUCAAUGCUAUCCGGGCACAAGUGAAAGAGACAGAAAAUAUUCCCCGUUUUGCUCCUUCUGGUGUACCUAACUUCAGAUUUAAACUGUUAUCGAAAAUAAUAAUCAGCGAUGCGACGAAUACGACAAAAACACGAGAAGAGUUAAAGACAUUAUUUGAUACAGAUACAAGGAUCAUUCUCCUACAUUCAAAUAGUCGAGACUCUAAGGAAAUCAUUGACAUAGCUGUGGAACUUGGUUUAACUGGCAAAGAAUACAUGUGGAUUAUAACAUCAUCAGCAAUAGCCAGAGGCAGAUCAUAUGCUUAUAGGGGAUUUCCUUUUGGUCUUUUUGCUAUAUCUUAUGAACGAGAAUUACAGGCUAUGCAGAACAGUUUAGUGCGGUCAGUAGAUAUUUGGAUGGAAGGAUUAAAACAAAUGGCUAGACAACGUCUUACCGCCACGGCUAAUUUAUCACCUGGUUUUACCUGUAAUGAUAGUAAUCAUUUAUACUGGAAAGAUGGAGAAACUGUUUACAGAUAUUUAAAGGAUGUGAUUAUUCGGGGUACUGAUCCGGUCAAAUUUACCGAUAAUGGUGUUCUCAAAUAUACAGAAUUUAAGAUACUUAACGUUCAAAGAAAAGGCCCCAUUCACAGAGAUUUUGUUGAGGUUGGUAAAUGGACAUCGUUGGGUAUAGAGAUGCAGGAUAUAACAUGGCCAGGUGAAGCUGCUGGACCACCUAAAGGUAAACCAGAGAAAUAUCAUCUACGUGUUGUUACGUGGAAAGAAGAACCGUACGUGAUGUAUAGAAACCAUAACGAUGCUGGUAUUUGUGAUAUAGGGACCGUACCAUGUCGCGUAUAUCCUCGAGAUGAAGACACAAACAUACGAACUGGUAACACAACGGUGGUAAAAUGCUGUGCUGGAUUAAGUAUUGAUCUCCUCAAGUCUCUAGCUCAGCGGUUAGAUUUUGAUUAUGAACUGUUUGAAAUGCCUGACGGCCAGUUUGGAUCUGAAGACAAUAGAACAGGUGAAUGGAAUGGAGUUAUGGGUGGGCUACAAAGUAAACAGGCCGAUUUGGCCAUAACGUCAUUAAAGAUAACCCCUGAAAGAAGUGAGGCAGUUGACUUUUCUGUACCAUUUCUAGAAACGGGCAUAACUAUUAUAGUAGCACUUAGAGACGGCGCUAUUUCACCAACAGCUUUCUUGGAGCCGUAUGACUACCCAGCUUGGUGUUUAAUUCUGUUGUUUAGUGUCCACGCUACGGGAACUUCUAUAUUUAUCUAUGAAUGGCUGAGUCCUUACGGUCUUAAUCAAGGAGGCAAAAGUCCUUUGAGAGAGCACAAAUUCUCAUUAUUCCGAUCUUUUUGGUUAAUAUGGGCCAUGUUAUUCAGUGCUGCUGUAUCAACAGAUACACCUCGAGGUGUUUCCAGCAGAUUUCUAGCAAAUAUUUGGGCUUUGUUUGCAUUGGUCUUCCUUGCAAGUUAUACUGCCAACCUGGCUGCCUUUAUGAUUACAAAAGAAGAAUAUUAUGAUUUAUCAGGCAUACAAGACUGGAGGCUAAGAACACCAUAUGCUACCAAGCCACCAUUUAAAUUUGCCACUUUACCAAAUGAUACGACGGAAAUCAACAUGUUAAAGAAUCAUAGAACCAUGGCGGAAUAUAUGAAAAGAUUUAACAAACCAACAGUUAAACAGGCUAUCAUUGCACUUAAAAAACAGGAAAUCCAAGCUUUUAUUUAUGAUGCCACAGUAUUACAAUAUUAUGUUGGUAAAGAUGAUGGAUGUAAAUUAAGAGCUGUUGGUAAAUGGUACGCCAUGUCAGGCUAUGGUGUGGGUUUUCCGAAAGGUUCGCCCUGGGUAGAGAAGGUCAACGAAGCCAUGUUAGACCUACAGGAUAUUGGUGAAAUCGAACGACUAAAAAAAUUCUGGUUAGCCGGUGUCUGUCACAAAAAACAAAAGAAAGGAAUGUCGAGUCAGACUCUUGGAAUACUGAAUUUCACAAGUGCUUUUAUUUUACUGGGAGGAGGCAUGUUCCUCGGUGCGGUUUUGCUUAUUCUUGAACAUCUCUACUUUCGGUUUGGACGAAAAACUAUACGGAAGUGGGAUAAAUGUGGUUGUUGUUCAUUGGUUAGUUUGAGUAUGGGGAAAUCACUUAAUUUUGAACAGUCUGUUAUGGAAGCUAUUGAUUUACACAGACGACAUAAGUGCAAGGAUCCAAUUUGUGAAACUCAGUUAUGGAAAGUUCGACAUGAAUUAGACUUAGCGUUGUUAAAAAUAAGUAAUCUUCAAAAACAGAUAGCGCGACGCAAUGCAGAAGACAGCAACGAUGUUUGGAAGUACGACCCUGAGAGCACGCGCCAGCAGAAUGGAUUGCCUCGACACAGAAAUAAAGGAGACCGAAAAUCAAAUAAUUCGGAUAACCUUCAGUCUGACCCGCUGACAGGGAAAGAAGCCGAAGCCCAGCUAGACAAAGAAAAUAUUGGCAGUGCAAGUGGAACUCAAAGUGAAGAUGACGAUAUUGGCGAAGGAGAAGGUAGAAUGGGUAAAAAUAGAAGACAUGAUGGGAAUUAUUACAUGGGGGUGGGUAAGGGCAUGGACAUCGAAAGUGUUAUAUACUGAAACCAUGUAUAUUACAUAAAAAUCUCAUUGUCAUUAUAUUUUAAUUGGACACAUCUCAGUCAUUGUAUAAAUUAACAUCUCACAUCAUAUUAUAAGAACAUUUUCCAUGUAAGAUUUAUAUUCCGGGUUGUUAAAUCUAGUAUUAUUAUUAUUAUUAUAAAGUUUAGAGAUUAAAAUGAAUAACACACACAGAUGUUCAAGGAGAUGGUAUAUAGAAUGUAUGUUUUUUCUGCUAUAAUACUGUAUAUGUAUUUUGUAUGUAAUUCUAUGCAAAAUAAUGAUAGAUUGGGAGGAAAUAAAUGGGCAUCUUCCUGGGCUAACCCAAACUGCUGUCGCCAAAAUUUAUUUAUAUACUAACUCUAUUAAUGAAUUAUGUAACCAAUGUGUCAAAAUAACAUUCAGCUUGAAAGUUAGCCUGUCUUAUUGCAAACCAGAGAGGGUUAAUCGCUUCUGUAUUGGCAGUGUCGCGGUUCUGCUCGGUACUGGGGACCUUCCUCCGCUUAGUGGAGUAGAGCGGAACGAUACCAAUGGGGAUAUCGCAGAUGGGUUUGGACCAGAUCCUACCUUUAUUUAGUUACAAACUAAGAGUCCUAAACCUGGACACUUUUGCAGAUAAAAGGGCUACCCUCAGUCAUUUGUAAAACAUGAUGUGUUGAACUGAGACACUCAAAUUUUAUUUU